CAAAACCUCACUUGCUUCCACCAUCUUCCAUUGCUCUUCUUCUUCAUCUCCAUCAUCAACCAACGCCCUCUCCGUCUCCUUUGCUGAUUCCGCGAUUCUUGAUCCCCCUUCCCUUACCAUAGCCCAGCUUGCCUUCGCCUCUGGUCGUUUGCUCUUUUUCUCGUAAUCUCGAUUCAUCAUGGGUAUUGAAGAUGCGGUGUACCUCGCCAAGCUCGCCGAGCAGGCUGAGCGCUACGAAGAAAUGGUUCAAAAUAUGAAGGUCGUCGCUUCUGCGGAUAAGGAACUGUCGGUUGAGGAACGCAAUCUUCUAUCUGUCGCCUACAAGAACGUCAUUGGCGCCCGCCGUGCUUCCUGGAGAAUUGUCACUUCCAUUGAGCAGAAAGAGGAGUCAAAAGGAAACGAGGCACAAGUGACUCUCAUUAAAGAAUAUCGCCAGAAGAUUGAGUCCGAGUUGGCAGAGAUUUGCGAAGAUAUCUUGGACGUUCUCGAUAAGCAUUUGAUUCCAUCUGCCCAAAGCGGCGAAUCCAAGGUUUUCUAUCACAAGAUGAAGGGUGACUAUCACCGUUAUCUUGCCGAAUUUGCUUUGGGUGACCGCCGCAAGAAGUCUGCCGAUAACUCUCUCGAGGCCUACAAGAAUGCCACUGAGGUUGCCCAGACUGACUUGGCCCCAACCCACCCCAUCCGUUUGGGUUUGGCCCUGAACUUCUCCGUCUUCUACUAUGAAAUCCUCAACUCUCCCGACCAGGCUUGCCAUCUCGCCAAGCAGGCUUUUGAUGACGCCAUCGCUGAACUUGACACCUUGAGCGAGGAGAGCUACAAGGACUCCACUCUCAUCAUGCAGCUCCUCAGAGACAACUUGACCCUCUGGACUUCCUCUGAAGCUGAGCCGGCCCCUGAGUCUGCUGCUGCACCCCCUGCUCCCGCCGAGCAGCCCAAGGAGGGCGCCCCUGCCGAAGAGCCCAAGGCUGCCGAGUAAAGUGUAAAGUUGGAGGGAUUUUUCUAGAUCGGACGGUAUACAGGGAGCACUGGUUCCGUUUAUCACUUUGUUUGCUUGAACUGUUUUACUCCCUUGCUUUUCCCGGUCUUUUGCUCGAGAUGUUUAUUCGCAGCUGAUGGAGUCCGACGGGAUAUUUGGUGGUUGUCAUUAAGACGCGUCUACAAAAAGAGACAAAAAUUAGUUUUUAACAGUGGUAGAAACUCAAGUUCACGCUCAUACUCGAAAACAAAAAAGAAGCUUGUUGAACAUGUAAUACUUUUACCCCAUGUUGGCUGCUCCAGGAUUUUCUUUUUGGUGUCUGGAUGUAGUUAUUUCGAUGAACAAUUGAUAUUGAUGCUUACCUGCAUCGCCAGUCAGCGUCUACCACCCAAUGAACUCCUCAUACCUGCGAUAGUAGCUUUCGCCUCGAAUUCCCAUUCCUUGGGGCAGGCAUCGCGGGGAUAAACUCUCGCGAGGAUGUAGUCCUGGCAAAGGUGAUACCAACAUCAACAGCCCCAUUGACCGUCGUUAGCUUUUCGUCCGCAUUUUCGUAAGAUUAGUAGAUACUAACAGACCCUCGAACGCCAGACCCCCUACCGAUUAAUUAAACGGACCAGAAGAAAGAACGCCCGUCGAACCCGAGAGCCUAUCAAUUACAUAGCAAGACAAUGUGAACUUAACUACUCCGAAUCCGACGGUCUCAUUUCAGCGCUAUGCGCAGCCGCUUUGGUUCCUAGCCAGCGACACUUUUAAGGCAUAAUACAAGCUUUUAAUGGCGACAGGGACCAUGCCAUGUGCGCACGAACGCGUGUUGAGGGCUAUUUUUUUAACCAGCAAAUCCUAAGCCCUGCAUGGAAUGGACCUGUGUCUUUGCGUAUUUGGUCAGUGGGAUAGACGUCGUUCUCCCGCUUUUCCCUGCCUCGUUGGAC